UCUUUCUCUCUCUUCAAGACUGUUUUAAAGUCUCUGCCAGACUUGGGCUCCCACGCUACUUCCUGGACGGACGGAGGAAUGGAAAGCUUCCAGAGUCUCUCCACCACCUCCACCGACAACACCGACUGUCCCCUCUCCGUGUGCCCGACGAGCGCUGCUGCCUCCACCGCCGCCGCCGCAGCCGCAGGAGCAACGACGCGCUGCGUGGACCAUCGCUGCUAGUCUCCCUCCAGCCGGCGCUCUCUCUCCCCCUCUCUCUCGCUGCCUCCAUCACCAUCCGUUAUCCGAGUGUUAUGCUCUUCUCCAGGAAUACCGGGGGGAUUUUGGGACGAAAAGACUCUUUCUGACUGGACCUCUAAACAUCUCUCUCUCCCGCCCUUCACCUUCCACCGUGCCCAGCUCUCUCCGUCCGCGCUGCGUCUCCGGCGCUGCUUUUUACGCAGCGAAGGCGUCGCUGAUUCACCCGCAAAAAAAAAGGGAAAAACUCAACAGUUGUUGUUGGUCAUUGUUUUGCAUGUCGACGCGCACAACACUACCAUGUGGAGGUUACUGCAAUCGUGCUGUUGCUGCUGGUGGAUUUUCUCCCUCGUUUUGCCAGCCUGCGUGCUUCUCUGGGCCGACUGUCAUCCUGCGCUGACAGGAAGCCAAGCGGAGUCCCAAUCCCCCAUCCAAGGCCUUCGCAGUGCCGCGACGGGCGAGACACGACACCGGAGAGCCGCCACCGAGGAGAACUACUGGGCCUACUCAGGUAUAUACGGGCCAGACGAGGGAUGGCUGACAGCGUACCCACAAUGCAGAGAGAGAAACCAGUCGCCAAUCAACAUCGGGGAGCAGGAUGCCAAAAUAUCCACAGAGUUUCAGGAAAUGACACUCGAGGGCUUUGAUACUGAGUCGUCUAAUAAGACAACGAUGAAGAACACCGGCAAAACAGUGGCCAUUAUGCUGAAGGAUGAUUACUUUGUUCGGGGAGCAGGACUACCGGGGCGGUUUAAGGCAGAAAAAGUGGAGUUUCAUUGGGGCCCAAGCAACGGAUCUGACGGAUCUGAACACAGCAUCAACGGGCGGCGUUACCCCGUGGAGAUGCAGAUCUACAUGUACAACUCAGACGACUUCGACAGCCUCGGCGCAGCGCUCAGGGAGAAGAGGAUCAUUGCAGCAAUGGCUGUGUUUUUUCAGGUGGGAGGGAAGGACAAUCCAGCGGUCGACCCCAUAAUCCACGGCCUGAAGGGUGUGGUCCAUCAUGAGAAAGAGACGGUCCUCGAGCCGUUCGUGCUGAAGGACCUGCUGCCGUCAUCACUGGGAAGUUACUACCGCUACACCGGCUCUCUGACGACUCCGCCGUGCAGCAAGGUGGUGGAGUGGAUCAUCUUCAGCAGGCCCAUAUACGUCUCCUAUAAACAGUUGGAGGCUUUUUACUCCAUCUUCACCACGGAGCAGCAGGACCACGUUAAGUCUGUGGAGUACCUGCGCAGCAACUUCAGGCCCAUCCAGAGCUUGGACAACCGCCACGUCUUCAAGUCGGCAGUGAAAGACGCCUGGAUGCCCGACCUGACUGACGGCAGCAGCGGGCCAUACGGCACAGAGACGUCCAAAGUUUGCAGCAGCGCUCCCAUCAACAUGAAGGUGCAGCAUGUGAACAGCAGCGCUCUGGUGGUGCGCUGGGAUCGCCCGGAGGUCACCUACCACCCGCCCAUCCUCUUCUUCCUGGUGUCCUACAGCUGGACGGCCCACGACGACAGCUACGAGGAGACGUACCUCACCCCCGCCACACACAGACUGGAGGCCAUCAUUUCCCCCGUCUCCCCAGAUGUGCUCUACUUGUUCCGAGUCCAGGCCGCGUGCAUGAACGACAUGCGCAGCGACUUCAGCCAGAGCAUGCUCUUCAGAGCCAACACCACCCGGGUCUUCGAGGGGACGAGGAUAGUGAAGACUGGAAUGCCGACGGUGUCUCCAGCGUCCUCCGCAGACAUGGCUCCCAUCUCCUCUGGCUCUUCUACUUGGACCUCCUCAGGAAUCCCCUUCUCCUUUGUCUCCAUGGCGACCGGAAUCGGCCCGUCCUCCAGCGGUAGUCAGGCGACGGUGGCGUCUGUUGUGACUAGCACUCUGCUGGCCGGCCUGGGCUUCAGCGGCGGCGUCAUCUCCUCCUUCCCCAGCUCCGUAUGGCCCAGCAGAGCUCCGACCCGUAACCCCGCCUCCGCCCGCCAGACCGCCGAGCCCACCGAGCCUGCCAAAGAUGCCGCCGCCUCUCCUUCUGCUGCCGCGACGACCUCGGCCAGCGAUAACGGAGAAGCGGCGGGUGAGGAGAGAGAGAACAGCAAGGGUCAGGGAGAGGAUGGAGAGAGGGAAGGGGAGGAAAAGGAGGAAGAGGAGGAAGAAGAUGAGAAAGAUGAGAAGAAGGGAAGGAAGCGAUCAAGAAGUGAAGGCAAGGAACGGAGGAAGAACAACAGCGCGGAGGUGAAUGAGCCGACCAGCCAGACGCCGGACGCCACCGCGAAGGAGAAGAAACAGACUGAACCAGAUCCGUCUAACAUGCUGCCUGUUGUGGAAGACCAAAUGGACGUGUAUACCCAUAAUCCACUGGACUCUAACUCCACCAUCACCACGGAGGCAGAUGAUGAUAUGGAAGCAUACCCUGCACUUAAAGGCCCGGCAGCAACACUCAGAUCCAGCACGGGGCGCAAGAAGCAGUGGCCUUUCUCCAUCCAUACCGAUCGUCCCAGUGCCGUGACCAACCUGACCCACCAGGUGAGGACGGGGUCCGGUGCGGGUCUGGGCCGUGUGGAGUGGUUGGUACCUCUGGGUGUGGUGUCAGCUCUCACUUUCCUCUGCCUCGUUCUGCUGCUGGUCGUGCUCGUCUACUGGAGACGCUGUUUCCAGACAGCCCACUUCUAUGUGGAGGACAGCAAUUCACCCCGGGUGGUACCCAAUGAGACGCUCCCCGUCAUCCCCAUCCCAGAUGACAUGGAAGCCGUUUCAGUCAAGCAGUUUAUCAAACGCGUCUACGAACUCCACUCGAAUAACCACCACGGAUACUCUGAAGACUUUGAGGAGGUUCAGCGAUGCACCGCGGACAUGAAGAUCACAUCAGAGCACUCCAACCACCCCGACAACAAGCACAAGAACAGAUACAUCAACAUAGUGGCCUAUGACCACAGCCGGGUGAAGCUGAGGCCACUGGCUGGGAAGGACUCCAAACACACUGACUACAUCAAUGCCAACUAUGUGGAUGGUUAUAAUAAGCCUCAAGCGUACAUCGCAGCCCAGGGACCUCUCAAGUCCACAUUUGAAGACUUUUGGCGGAUGGUGUGGGAGCAGAAUACCGGCGUCAUUGUUAUGAUCACCAACCUGGUGGAGAAAGGCCGGAGAAAAUGUGACCAGUACUGGCCAACAGAGAACAGCGAGGAGUACGGCAACAUGCUUGUCACGCUGAAGAGCACUAAAGUUCAUGCCUGCUACACCGUUCGCUGUUUCACAUUACGGAACACUAAAGUAAAAAAGAGUGUGAAGGGUAACCCUAAAGCUCGGGCCCAGAGUGAACGCACGGUGCAGCAGUUUCAUUACACCCAGUGGCCGGACAUGGGCGUCCCAGAGUACACGCUGCCCGUCCUCACAUUUGUCCGCAGGUCCUCAGCUGCCCAAACGCCCGACAUGGGACCCAUGCUCGUCCACUGCAGUGCUGGAGUGGGUCGGACGGGGACGUACAUCGUCAUCGACAGUAUGCUGCGGCAGAUCAAGGACAAGAACACAGUCAAUGUGCUCGGCUUUCUCAAACACAUACGCACCCAACGCAACUACCUGGUUCAGACUGAGGAGCAGUACAUCUUCAUCCACAAUGCCUUGAUGGAAGCCAUUUUGGGGAAGGAGACGGAAGUGUCGGCCAGGCAGCUUCACAGCUACUUCAGCAACAUCUCGACACCGGGACACAGCGGCGGGACACGGCUGGAGAAACAGUUCAAGUUGGUGACUCAGUGUAAUGCCAGAUUCACGGAGUGCUUCAACGCUCAGAAGGAGUGCAACAAGGAGAAAAACCGCAAUUCCUCCGUGGUGCCAUCGGAGCGAGCGAGGGUGGGCCUAGCACCUUUGCCUGGCGUCAAAGGCACCGACUACAUUAACGCCUCUUACAUCAUGGGUUACUACAGGAGUAAUGAGUUUAUCAUUACCCAGCAUCCUCUGCCUCACACCACAAAAGACUUCUGGAGAAUGAUCUGGGACCACAAUGCACAGAUUAUUGUCAUGCUGCCCGCCAACCAUGGACUGGCAGAGGACGAGUUUGUGUACUGGCCCAGUCGGGAGGAAGCCAUGAACUGCGAGGCGUUCACUGUCACCCUCAUCAGUAAAGACCGGCUCUGUCUGUCCAACGAGGAGCAGAUCAGCAUCCACGACUUCAUCCUGGAAGCCACUCAGGAUGACUACGUAUUAGAGGUGCGUCACUUUCAGUGCCCCAAGUGGCCGAACCCUGACGCUCCCAUCAGCAGCACCUUCGAGCUCAUCAACGUCAUCAAAGAGGAGGCAGCGAGCCGCGACGGACCGACCAUCGUCCACGACGAGUUGGGCGCAGUGUCUGCCGGCACGCUGUGUGCCCUCACCACGCUGUCCCAGCAGCUGGAGAGCGAGGGCGCCGUCGACGUCUACGAAGUGGCCAAGAUGAUCAACCUCAUGAGGCCAGGGGUCUUUGCAUACAUCGACCAGUACGAGUACCUUUACAAAGCUCUGCUCAGCCUCGUCAGCACCAAGGACAGCGGCUCGGCCCUUCUGUCCAGGGACAUUAACGUGACCAUGGGGUCCAUCUCUGACCAGUCUGACCAGGCGGAGAGCAUGGAGUCGCUGGUCUGAGAGAGGGGCCCUUCAGCGGGCCUGGAGCUGAUCCGAGGGGCGUCUUGUAAGGGGUCCCCCACGAGGGUCCUUGAGCCCACCGCAUAGGAGGCACUUAACUUUGUAAAACCGUCAAGGAACUAUUGUGGACGAGACUUUUUGAGGCCUUUUUUUGCCAGACUCUUGGUUAAAAUGAAUAACCUGAUUACUUUUUUACACUGAUAAAAAGUUUUUGAUAUUUAUUUUUUUCGCCAUUUUAUGUCUUAAUGUUCUCCUACUGAAGGGUUUGCACCUGCGACUUUUUUGAGUUUUUUUUUUUGAGUUUCUUCUUCUUCACGACAGCGUCGAUAGGCAACGAGAAACACUUUUCUGUCUUUUUUCUUGUUUGCACUAUAUAAUGUCAGUGUUACUGCCUAUACUAAAGCUGACUCACUUGGCUUUCUCCUCCACUCGAGCUCUGAAUUGUGUUUAUUUUUUAUUUUACAUUCCACACGGCUUCAGCCACGAUCGAAACCAACAUGCUUCUGUGAAGGACGAUGUUCUGCCCGACACCUACAUGUUGAUGAUUUCAGACAGUGGAUGGAGGACGGCCUGAACUCUCUGCCUCAGUGACAAAAAGCUGUUUGACUUCAGCUCAGCGGGACCUCCUCCGCCCCUGCUCAUCUAUAGUACUCACAUAACCAACUCAUUAACCACAAGAACCGACACAUGGGAGCAUUUCACUACAGAAAAAAAAAGCUCUUUUUUUUUUCCUCUCCUUUUUUUUUGCCUUGUUUUCUCGUCACUCUCACUCUUACUUAGCGAGUUCACAAACAUGUUAGAAUACCCAAGGUGGUGUAACAACUGCUACUGUGAAAUUUUACUAUUUCUUUGUAUAAUUCAUAUUAUGCUUUUUAAUAUAUGGAAAUACUGUAUGUAUACAUAUAUAAAUAUAUCCUUAUCAUAAUAA